AUGGGCUCCCAGUUCUGGCCCAAAACCGGCUCGCCGGGGAUUCUCCACCAUUUUACGGAAACCCUCGUAACCUUCGAAUUCACCCCCUCUCCCUCUCCCACCCACCGCACCCCCCACAGCAUCCUCUUCCUCGGCGGCCUCGGCGACGGUCUCGCCACAACCUCCUACGUCUCCUCCCUCAUCCCCGCCCUGGCCUCCACCCCCUGGUCCCUCUUCACCUUGACCCUCACCUCGUCCUACUCCGCCUGGGGCUUCGGCCACCUCGACCGCGACACCGACGAGAUUGCGGCUUGUAUAAGGCAUAUCCAGGCUUAUAAACGGGCCAAGUAUGGCCUAUCUCCCGGCAAUGCCACUGCUGGCGGAGGCGAAGGCGGCGAAGGGCAGGGGGAGGAGGAAGGCAAGAUAGUAGUAAUGGGCCACUCAACAGGCAGCCAAUGCGUUUUGCACUACCUCUCCCGUCCCAACCCGCACACCUCCCACUCCCCCUGGGACCGCGACCUCGAACACAUCCGUCGGCCCAUCCUCGACGGCGCGAUCAUGCAGGCCCCUGUCUCGGACCGCGAGGCCAUCAAGCUCGUCAUGCGGGAUGGGUUUUUGGGACGGACGCCGGCGCAGUUGAAAGAGACGUAUGAUACGCUUGUGCGCAUGGCACGGGAGCAGUUGGAUCGGGAUGGGGAUGGGAACUUAGAUGGUGGGGAGGAAGAGGUGUGUGAUGCGAUGUUGCCGGUGAGGUUGACGGCGCAGUUUGGAUACCCGCGGAAUACGCCGGUGAGUUGUAGGCGGUUUUGGAGUUUGGUCAGUCCGGAGUCGCCGGGGAAGCCGGCGGAGGAUGAUAUGUUUAGUUCGGAUUUGGGGGAUGGGGCGUUGGCGGAGACGUUUGGGAGGGUGGCCGAGAGGGGGCUGGUGAGGGGGAAGUUGAUGGUGUUGAUGUCCGGGGCGGAUCAGGCGGUGCCGGAGUGGGUGGAUAAAGAGGGGUUGUUGGAGCGGUGGAGGAAGGUGACGGAUAGAGGGGGGAAAAUUUGGGAUCGGGAGAGGAGUGGCUUGAUUCCGGGGGCGUCGCAUGCGUUGAGUAAUGAUGAUCAGGCGGAGCCGAGGGCGUUUUUGGUGAAGCGGGUGUUGAGUUUUUUGGAGGAGGUGGCGGCCAGGAAGUAG